UUACAUACUCUUUGGUUAUUUCAAUUGACUUUAAAAAAGAUAGUAGUGCAAUACAAAUACCUAUUAUAAUAAUAGGAUUAAGUCUCAACUUAAUAAAGCUAACCAAAUUUUUAGCAGAACAUUGCUACAAACAUUAGUAAUAAUUUCUUUUGCAACAUUUAAAAAAUAUGUCGGAUGUUCUCAGGCCCCAAUUGAAAUGGAUCGAGGGCCGAUGUUACAGGGUUAAUGAUCCUGCGGUUGAUACAACAACUUUUCAUGAGCAUGACUUGUAUGAAAAUGAUAUAACUUAUAAUGAUAUGAUUGAUGAAGGAGAUGAAGAUGAUUUUGAAGUUCUGAAGGUGGACAAUUCACGAUAUACUACUAAGUUUCAUGUUUCUAAACACUACUUUGGAUCAAUAAUUGGCAAAAAAGGUGCAACUAGGAUGAGACUUGAGAGAGAUACCAAGACAAACAUCAAGAUACCAAGACCAGGCCAGGAUGGUGAUGUUGUUAUAUUGGGGCCCACAGAACAGAGUGUAAAGACAGCAAGAAGGAGAAUAAACAUGAUAGUGGUGUCAACCAGGAUGAAACAAAAAUUUACACAUUUUAUAUCAAUUCCUAUGAACGAUCCUGACGUUCAGAAGAGGUUUGAAGAAUUUAGGGAAAGAGUUUUGCAAGAAUGCCCUAGUCGCGGUCUGGAAAGGUCUUUAUUUAUCCUGCCCAGUAAGUUGCAUCUUACAGUUGGUGUUAUGUGCUUGAUGGACAAUGAGGAGAGGUUGUUUGCAUCCAAGCUACUUACUGAAGCUAAAGAGAAAAUUAUCAUGCCAAUAUUGCAAAGUCAUUUGCCAUUAAAGAUCAGAUUAAAAGGAUUGUCAUACAUGAAUGAUGAUCCUUCACAGAUUGAUGUUCUCUAUGGACUUGUCCAAGAAGAGGGAAGCUCACAAGGUGUUAUACAACAGAUAGCAGACGGUCUAGUACAACAUUUCUACAAAGCAGGAUUUGUGAAGGACAGUGAAUAUGAAAGAGGGAACGUAAAACUGCAUGUUACACUAAUCAAUACAAGGUACAGGGAAGAUCCAGAUGAUACAAAUUUGGAAAAUGACGAGACGAAGUCUCAAAACACGAAGAAACAGAGGGAAACUUUUGAUGGUAGAGAUGUGCUUCAAAAAUUUGCUGACUACGACUUUGGAACAGUCGAGUUCACGUCUGUUCACCUGUCACAGCCCAGAGUGGCAUUGGGCCCUGAUGGAUAUUAUCCACCUACUUGUAUUGUCUCGUGGCAGUAGACACGUGUAUUUUUUGUUUAUAUUUAUAACAAUAAAUUAAUAAUUUUCUACAUAUCAAGAA